ACUUAUACAAGUUUCUCUGUGUUGAGCUAUUAAUGCCAAAUAACGAUAGUUCUACCUCUUCUAUAACCGAGUCCACCAGUCUUCUGGGGUCUGAGCGUGGCGCAAAAGCUGAUCCAAAGGCUGAGUCAUGGAGUGACCUCAAACCAUAUAUCUGGCCGUUAAUCUCUUCAAAUAUUAUCACUGUUAUGGCUGGUCUAAAUGACGGAACCUUUGGUGUAAUGAUCCCACGUCUCAAGGAACAUUAUGAUAUUUCGAACAGUACAGUCUCUCUCCUUUUCCUUUUCAAUGCCAUUGGUUUCUUCAUCAGCGGAUUCUUGAACGGGUUUAUCGUCAAGCAUAUUGGACAGAGAGCUACUGUCUACACAGCCUCAAUUUCAUUGAUGAUCGUCUAUCUGUUUGCCCUAACAGGACAACGCUUUGAAAUCAUGUUGGGCCUCAUGGUCUUUCAGGGCGGAAGCAUCUCUCUUUUGGAUGCCGCUGUAAACGUAUAUACUGCCAAUGUUCCAAUGGCCACACUUAUGCUCAAUAUUCUACAUGCCAACUAUGGUGUAGGUGCAAUGAUUAGUCCCUUGGUUGGUACUGCUUUCCUAGUCCGCAAUAUCACAUGGAGAGCUGUCUAUGGAUUCUUGGCAGGAGCAGCCUUUCUCAAUAUCUUGUCUGUUAUGAUUGGAUUCAGCGGAACAAAUAUGGAGCAGCCCAAUGAACAUGAAAUUGAAGAUGAUGAUACGGAUGAACUUCCAAAGGCCCGAAUUGCUAUACCAAGCCAUCCUAUUCGAAAUUCUGUAACUCUCCUCUCGGCCGGAUAUAUUCUCAUUUAUGUUGGAGUUGAGAUUAUUAUGGGUGGAUGGGGUUACACUUUUCUGACCGAGGGUCGUCAUGGUGAUAAGGAAAUGAUGGGUCAUGUGACAGCCGGUUACUGGGCUGGUCUCGCUAUCGGCCGUUUGGUACUUGGAUACCUUGCUGGUCGCCUUGGAGAAAAGCGUACUAUCACUGCUUUGACUAUUACAGGUGGUGUGGUUUUGAUCAUAUUCGGAUAUGCCGAAUCGAUUGUAAUAGAUUCUAUUGCCCUUGUAACCAUUGGAUUUUUGAUCGGUCCAAUGUUCCCUACAACAAUCUCUUUGGUUUCCCAACUAUUACCGCGUCACAUUCAUGCCACGUCAAUUGGAUUCAUUUCAGCCAUUGGUGCAAGUGGAGCUGCUGUACUUCCUUAUGGUGCCGGGUUAAUUGCAGAUCAGUAUGGUAUUCUGUCUAUACCACUCGUAUGUUUUGUCAUGCUUGCAACCAUGCAGCUCAUGUGGACCUUUGUGCCCAAUCCACAAACUAUUAAUAUCUAAAUUAUAUACAAUUAUCUGUAAGAACUCUAUUACACACCAUAGCCUUUGUCACAAUACAGAUCCACACAUCACAUUAUCAACCCUAGUUGAUCUUUAAAUACUUCCUUAGUGUGAUAAUCUUAUUAUUGAAACCAAUCACUUUAUUGUUCUUAUUUAUUUUUUAAAAGAAAAACCAAAGUUUUGGCUGUGAGACCUCAAUAAGACCAUAUGUAUUUAACAAUAUACUCAAUAAAAAAAUAUAACGCAGACUAUCUCACAUCUGAU